AUGGAUUUCAAGAUUGGCCAGCUGAAGCAGACUGCGAUCUUCAUUCCUUGCCUUCUUCUAUUGGUCUUCGCCAUUAAGGGGGUCCUGAGGCUUUUUGCAAAGUGGGAGUUUUGUCGCCAACACAACUGUCGUACGCCAAAUGGGGCAUCAUCUGGAUUCCUCGGGCUCGGCAGAGUAGCCAAUCUCUUGUUAGCAAUGAAGAACUGCGAGUCCUUGGAGCUGCUGCGAACCUGGCACCACCAGCAUGGCAACACUUUUAAAACGUCGUUGGGUCGUCCUGUCAUCAUUACCAUCGAGCCUAAGAACGUUCAGGCGGUCCUCGCGCUCAAGUUCAAGGACUUUGAUCUGGGUCACCGGAACAAGGCUGUAGCGCCGCUUCUUGGACAGGGAAUCUUUGCGAGUGACGGCCAGAUAUGGGAACACUCGAGAGCCCUCGUGCGGCCGAAUUUCGUCCGCAACCAGGUCUCCGACAUGAAUGUUUAUGAGAGACAUGUCUCUAACCUCAUUGCGAAGAUACCCCGCGAUGCGUCAUCUGUAGACCUGCAGGAGUUGUUUUUCCAGAUGACCAUUGACUCUGCCACCGAAUUCCUCUUUGGAGAGUCUAUAGACUCGCUUGGUGCUGGUGAUGACCAACCAGCCUUUGCCAAAGAUUUCAAGACGUCCCAAGAUGGGCUGGCUAUUCGCGCCAGACUCGGGCCUCUAAUGUUCCUCUACCAAGACCGGGCCUUUUCGAAGUCGACAGUCGAAGCCCGCCGCUUCGUCGGUCAAUUUGUGCAACAGGCUCUUGACUAUCGAGCCACACAUACCAGUGGCAGCGACACACUCAAGGCCUCGGAAGAGCGAUAUGUCUUUCUCUAUGAGUUGUCCAAGCAGACAGCCGACAAGAAGAUGCUGACCGACCAACUCCUCAACAUACUGCUCGCCGGUCGAGACACCACAGCUAGCCUUCUUAGCAUCACGUGUUUUAUCUUGGCUAGAAGGCCCGAUAUAUGGAACAAGUUUAGAGAGGACGUGCUAAAGCUUGGGAAAAAAGCGCCAUCCUUUGAAGAUCCAACAAGGACACUUUUCUCUCCCCUUGGUGGUGGCCCAGAGGGCAAGGAUCCUGUUUUUGUUCCCGAGGGACAUGAAGUCCUCUACAGUGUGUAUAGCAUGCAUCGUCUCCCAGAAGUAUUCGGGCCUGACGCAACCGAGUAUCGUCCGGAACGAUGGGCCAAUCUGAAGCCUGGGUGGGCUUACAUCCCAUUCAAUGGAGGGCCGAGGAUCUGUCCGGGGCAGCAGUUUGCCCUGACAGAGGCUGGCUAUACCUUGAUACGUAUUGCUCAAUGUUUCAAGAGCAUUGAGAGUCGUGACGACCGGCCAUUCAAGGAGGGACUCACGCUCACUCUGGCCAGCGAGAACGGGACCAAGGUGUCUCUGACGCCUGGAUAG